AGCCACAGCAAAUCAGCUCUUAGAACCAACCAAAAAAGUACGUCUCUUUCUCUCCAAACCAAGUAGCUAGUACUCUACUAUUACAAUUAUUCUAUUUCAUCUCUUCUUCCUUUUCUGUGCGCCACCUUUGUUAGAUUCAUUAUCUCAAAUAUGGUGCUGAGCUUAGCCAAGGCUACUGUAAGGCACUUUGCUUUGAUUGUUUUGGUAUUGGGUCUUGUUUGUGCUGAGGAUCCAUACAGAUUCUUUGACUGGAAUGUCACCUAUGGUGAUAUAUAUCCCCUCGGCUUUCGCCAACGGGGAAUUCUGAUUAAUGGUCAAUUUCCGGGGCCUGAAAUUUUCUCGGUUACCAACGAUAAUCUCAUUAUCAAUGUCCAUAACAGCUUAUCGGAACCUUUUCUCAUUUCAUGGAGUGGAGUACAAAACAGGAAAAACUCAUUUCAAGAUGGUGUGUACGGAACCAAUUGCCCAAUUCCUCCAGGCAAGAACUUCACUUACAAACUACAAGUGAAAGAUCAAAUUGGAAGCUACUACUAUUUCCCUUCUAUGGGCUUUCACAAGGCCGCUGGUGGGUUUGGGGCCAUUAAAGUUCUUAGCAGGCCCAGAAUCCCAGUCCCAUUUCCUGAACCAGCUGGGGAUUACUCUCUUCUGAUCGGAGAUUGGUACAAGUUUGACCACCAGGCACUGAAGAAAAUUCUUGAUGGUGGUCACAAGCUUCCUAAUCCAGAGAAUAUUCUAAUCAAUGGCAGACCAAAUGGUACCUCAUUAACCUUCGAACCAGGUAAAACCUACAGACUUAGGAUAUCCAAUGUUGGGACACAAAACUCGCUCAAUUUCCGAAUCCAAGGCCACAAGAUGAAAUUGGUCGAAGUGGAAGGGACCCACACUGUCCAAACCAUUUAUUCGUCACUUGACGUCCACGUGGGCCAAUCGUAUUCUGUGCUUGUCACAGCAGAUCAGGCCCCUCACGACUACUACAUUGCCGUCUCAACCCGCUUCACCAGUAAGAUCCUCACUGCCACUGCAAUUUUUCACUACAGCAACUCGGCCCGUGCAGUUUCAGGCCCAAUUCCAGGUGGGCCGACUACUGAAAUUGAUUGGUCCCUCAAUCAGGCCCGAUCCAUUAGGACCAACCUAACAGCUAGUGGACCAAGACCAAACCCACAGGGCUCGUACCACUAUGGUCAGAUUAACGUAUCAAGAACCAUAAGGCUAGACAGCUCGGCAGCUCAAGUUAAUGGGAAGCAAAGAUAUGCACUCAAUAACGUGUCCUUUAUCCCAGCGGACACUCCUCUUAAGCUGGCUGAUUACUUCAAUAUCGGAGGCGUUUUCAAAGUUGGAAGCAUCUCAGAUAACCCUUCUCCCAAAAGAAUGUACCUUGACACAUCGGUCAUGGGUGCUGAUUAUAGGGCUUUCGUGGAGAUCGUUUUCCAAAACCGUGAAAACAUUGUACAAAGCUAUCACCUUGAUGGAUACAACUUCUGGGUUGUAGGAAUGGAUGGAGGGCAGUGGACCUCAGCAAGUAGAAAACAAUAUAACCUCGCGGAUGCAGUUUCACGAUCCACCACUCAGGUAUACCCCAAGUCUUGGACUGCAAUUUUUGUGGCGUUGGACAAUGUGGGUAUGUGGAAUUUGAGGACAGAUUUUUGGGCAAGGCAAUACCUUGGACAACAGUUCUAUCUCCGGGUUUACACGCCUGUGAAGUCAACACGUGACGAAUAUUUAAUUCCCCAAAAUGCCCUUCUCUGUGGAAGAGCCGAAGGCAAAAGCACAACACCCUAAACAAGCAGCUUUCAUUGAUACAAAAUGUUAAUCUUUACAUAUUUAGUACUUUUAAUUUCAUUAAUUAUCACAAUUCAAAAUUCAUUCUUUGAAUACAUUUCCCUUUUAUGUUUAACAUAAUAAAGUAUAUGUCUCCUUUCAUUCAAAGCAAAUAAAACGUG